UCUCAGCUCCGAUACAAACAGCUCCUGGAUGAACUGCGCUGUGCAAGUCUGCUGAAUCAUGUCCGGGGGUUAUCCACCGUCGCCGUCGUCCUUGCCGUCGCAGUCGUCGCCGUCGGGAAACGAAGAAGCGAUGCGAGUUCUUACACGCCCGGUAACUUUCGUCACCGGAAAUGCUAAAAAGCUGGAAGAAGUGAGGGCUAUUCUGGGGAACUCCAUCCCCUUCCAAUCCCUAAGGCUCGAUUUGCCAGAACUGCAAGGUGAGCCAGAAGAGAUAUCAAAAGGCAAGGCCCGUUUGGCUGCAACUGAGGUAAAUGGGCCAGUUCUUGUUGAGGACACCUGCCUUUGUUUCAAUGCUCUUAAUGGUCUACCCGGCCCCUACAUAAAGUGGUUUCUCCAGAAGAUUGGACAUGAAGGUCUGAACAAUCUGCUAAUGGCUUAUGAAGACAAAUCAGCAUAUGCUGCCUGCGUAUUUUCUCUUGCUCUUGGGCCAAAUACAGAGCCUUUGACGUUUGUUGGGAAAACAAUGGUAAACUUUUGUGCUCUUUAAUUAGGGGAUGUAAACGAGCAA